GCAGGUUAUUAAGAGUUUUUAAGAUCAAACAUUAGGCCCCAUAAAUCCCAGGUCUUUCACUGAACUUAGACUGGUGACCAGUAAGCCCAAGCAACCUUCCUGUUUCCACUCUUCCACAGCACAGGGGUUACAGGAACUGAUGUUGACUUCUUAAAGAAAAGAUGACGAUGUAGCUCUUUCACCUGCCUUCUCUCUAUCCAAUGCACACUUCAUCUUUGGCCUUCCUUCCUGCACAGUACACAGUGAUGAUUUCAGCAUAUCUCUUACGGUACUGAAGACAUUAUUCAGUCAUAUUCUUGAUUUUACUGAUGCUAUUAAGAAGUCAGAUUGCAGGCUAAAAGUCAUGGUUUUAAAGGUGGAAAGCAACAAGAGCUCAAGUGCAACCCUCCCUCCAAACAUGCCCUCCUACAGGUCCCUGUCCUCCCGUGAGGAUUGCCCUAGCAGUCACACCAGCUUCUCAGAUGGCGAGCUUGCCCGUAAUGUGAGGGAAGGUGUCAAGCAUCGAAUCUUCUACCUCUCAGAGCAGCUGAGAGUGGAGAAGGCCAGUAGGGAUGAGAAUACCAUGAGCUACCUCAAGCUGGUAUCCAAAGCUGACCGACACCAGGCCCCACAUAUCCGGCAGGCCUUUGAGAGGGUGAACCAGCGCACCUCUGCCACCAUUGCUCACAUAGAACGGAAGCUCUAUCAGUGCCACCUGCAGCUAAAGGAACUGGAAGAGGGCUGCAGCCCUACAAGCUCAGUGCUGAAAGUGGAAAGUGCUGUGGACAAUCAUAAGCAGCCUGGUGAGAAGGUCUCAUAUUCCAAGUUGUCCAAGACAGGUGGGAAAGAUAACCUGCCAAACAAUAUAGCUAGGCCCUACACUCUGGAGAGUCACUUGUCAGGCAUGCAACAGAGGAAAUUCUCAGACAAAACAUAUGUGGCUCAGCAACGAAAGCUACUGUUGCAGAAGAUGAAAGAAGAACUGACAGAAGUGAGGAAGGUCCAUGCUGGCCUUCAGGUCUCCCAUCAAAGCUUCAAGGAAAGUCAUGUGACUGAUGUUAGGGAGAUACUGGAGUCCCUCCAGGAAAAGAAAACCAGACAAUCACUGAUGGAAGAACAGGUGAAUGAUCACUUGCAGAGAUACCUGGAUGAGAUUUGCCACCUUAAACAGCGUUUGGCAUGCACUGAAGAGAAAAUGGCCUAUUUGUCCUAUGAAAGAGCCAAGGAAAUAUGGGAUGUAAUGGAGACUUUCAAGAGCAGAAUAACCAAACUAGAAACUCUACAGCAAACUACCCAACUGGAGAUGAUGGCCAGUGUCAGAACCCGUCCCAAGGACUUUUUGUUCAGAUUCAUAAGCCUGCUUCUCACACUGACCACUAUCCUCUUGGUCUUGGUCUCUACCUUGUGUUCUUGUCCCUUGCCACUGCUCAACUCACGCCUACGCAUGUUCACUCUAUUAGUGUUAAUUGGCCUUGGGACCUUGGUGUGGCAGAAGCGGCAUAUCAUCUCCAUCACGGACUGGCAGGCCUGGAUCCCCUUUAAGUGGAGAUCAGACUUCAAGGAUGCUAAGCCUCAAUUAGUUGUACACUGAUGGGCAAGGAGUAUCAUCCACCUGAAUUUGUUCAUUACUUCCCUCCUUCCAGAUGUUGAGGGCAUUCAGUAAGCCUUCCCUAGAGAGCUACUUUGUUACUCUCACUUUCUUAAUUCUGUAACCACCUGCCCAGUGUGAUACAUGCAGAUGCCAACUUGCCUUCUCCUUCCAGUUUUCUAUGAUUUUGUCAUAAUAUCUGUAGACAUGGGGAUUGGAUUAAAACAAAAGAAACCAUA